GCUAUCCAAGGUUCCCUCGCUAUGAUACCCCCUUCCUUUCUUCACUCUUGCCAACGUCUAUUUUCUGAUUUCCCUCUUCCUUCCGCCUGAGAUACCCUAAACGGCCUUUUUUUUUCUUUUUCGAAAUGCAGACACUUCCAUACGUCCUCCCGGCCGCCGCAGCAAGUCUCGCAUACCUCAAUGGCCGCUUGGCAAUCUCAUACGAUUGGGCGCUUCUUUCAUCUUACAUCUCCGCCAUCACCAGCAGUAUCAUACAUGAAUACCGUGACGACAUCAACCUCUUCAACAUCCUCGAAUCGCAUGCCCACUCUUCGCGGGCAUCUCACCCCUGGAUAAUCCACCACGGCCGAUCAUGGACCUACGCGCAAGCCUACGAAAUCACCAAAAAGUAUGGGAAUUGGCUGGUUAGUAAGGGGGUUCAGAAAGAUGAGGUUGUUGCAGUGGAUUUUAUGAAUUCGGAGGUUUUUGUUUGGGUUUGGUUUGGGCUUUGGAGUGUGGGGGCGAAGCCGGCGUUUAUAAACUAUAACUUGACGGGGAAGCCGUUGCUGCAUACGAUUAGGACAUCGAGCGCGAGAUUGGUGUUGGUGGAUGAGAAUGGGAGAGCGAAGUUCAGUGAGGAAGUUAUGAAGGAGCAUGGGUUUGUGGCUAAGCCGAUUGAUGCGGAUGUUCCCAAAAGGAGACAGGUGCAGUAUCGGUUCGACAAUGAUCCGAAUAUGGCUCCUCUGGUUUUGAGAAAACAUAUCAGGUCCACUCCUACCCAGAAGCAGCAGAAGGGAAGCAAGUCCGAACAACAGCCCCGGAAACUAGAAAUCCUGUUCUUUGACCAAGGUUUAGAGGAUUACAUUAUGUCCCUGGAAUCAACCCGGCCUCCUGACUCUCUCCGUAAUGCUCAAAAACUGCACGACAUGGCCAUGUUAAUAUACACCUCCGGGACCACAGGUCUCCCCAAACCCGCUGUUAUGUCCUGGGGAAAAGCCAAUCUGGGCGCCAAAUUCGUCGCUAACUGGGUUCCACUAAUGAAGACCGACAUCAUGUACACACCCAUGCCCCUCUACCAUUCCUCCGCCUCCGUCCUCGGCAUCUGCUCCACCCUACGCGCCGGCAGCACUAUCCACAUCUCCCGCAAAUUCUCGCAUAAGACCUUCUGGCCCGAAGUCCGCUCCUCAGGCGCCACCAUAAUCCACUACGUCGGUGAAACAUGCCGCUAUCUCCUCGCAGCACCCAAAUCCCCGCUCGACAAAGCCCACAAGGUGCGCGCUGCCUUCGGUAAUGGGCUUCGCCCUGAUGUCUGGGAGCCAUUCAAGGAACGCUUCGGCAUCUCCACGAUCUACGAAUUUUACGCCGCGACAGAGAGUCCCUCGGGGAUAUGGAACCGGUCCACAAAUGCCUUCAGCGCGGGUGCAAUCGGUCGCAACGGCACCCUCGCCACCAUCUUAAUGGGCCCGAGUCUCGCAAUCGUCCGGAUGGAUCCAGAUUCCGAACCGCCGUCCCCUCUGCGCUCCCCCAAAUCCGGUCUCUGCCAAAUCGCAGCGUACGACGAACCCGGCGAAUUGCUCUACAAACUCGACCCAUCCAACCCCGGCAGGAAGUUCCAGGGCUACUUUGGAAACGCGUCUGCCACGAAUUCUAAGAUCCUGCGCGACGUGAAGAGGAAAGGAGACGCGUAUUUCCGGACCGGAGAUCUGAUGCGUUGGGAUAAGGAAGGUCGUUGGUGGUUUGUAGAUAGGAUUGGGGAUACGUUUCGCUGGAAAGCGGAGAAUGUGUCGACGGCGGAGGUGGCGGAUGUAUUAGGGAAACACGACACAGUUGAGGAGGCGAAUGUGUAUGGUGUUUUGGUGCCGAAGCAUGAUGGGAGGGCGGGUUGUGCCGCUGUAGUGCUGAAAUCGUCGACCGAGUCGAAAGCCCGAGCGGAGAAGGAUAGAACACCCCACCCUCACCCGCAAACCCUCAAAUCCCUAGCCACCCAUCUCAAACACUCUCUCCCUUCUUUCGCCGUCCCGCUCUUCCUCCGCAUAACUAAGAAUAUACAUACGACGGGCACAAACAAACAACAAAAGCAUAUCUUCCAAAGCCAUGGCAUCUCAGUGCCGAAAGUGGAAGAAAGCGGGGAUGUACUGUUUUGGUUGAGGGGGGAUACAUAUGAAAAGUUUACUGUGCGGGAUUGGGAGAGGAUUGAAGGUGGGGGUGUAAAGUUGUAGCUGAGUGGAAGGGGAAGAGGAUAUGGGUGUUAAGAAUACAUGUCUGGGGGUUUUGCAAGACACCACGCACCACAUACAGUGUGUUGGGGCAACCUAUGAAAUGUUACGAGCAACGGGUUGGGAUUUUAAGGCCCCUAAGAGGAUUAAGGAGAGAGCUAAAGAGGAUAUAAAUAUGAUGACUGGCUUUAAAUUAAUUCGU